GUUGCCGAGCUGGAGGACUUCUUAUUUGGUGGCAGCAGUGCAGCGCCGCGACGUGAGGGGCGCGCGGCCUAUGGUUCGUUUGGCGCCGGCAGCGACGACGACGAGUUGGACAUUGCAGACCUCAUCCGACAGGCAGGCGCCAUACCCUGCGCGGGUCAUUUGGAGUGCAGAGAUUGCGUUGGGGACGGCGGCAAUGGGGAGCCGCUGCUGUUCGUGGAGGACCGCCGGGGGGCGGAGCCGCCGCCGGGCCUAGGCCUGCCGCGACAGACUCGCGCGCAGCGGCGCGCGGCGGCGCUCGCCGCGGCCGGCGGGGGCGUCGUCAGCGAGGACGGGGACGAGCAGCGGGAAGGGGCUUUGGGGGCGGCUGCACGGGGGGGCGGCGGCGGCAGCAGCGACGAGGCCGGAGGCGACAGCGACGCGACAGCGGGCAGCGACGACAGCGACAGCGAGCCGCCGCGGCGCGCGGCCCUGCGCGGCCCCGACGCGGCAGCGAGUGGCUCCGAUGAUGGAGAGGGGGACGCGGGCGCCGCGGGCCCGGGCCCUGGCAGCGCGCGGCCGCGUGUGCCCGUGUGGGCCGACCCGUCUGACCGCGAGGUGCGCGUUGACAUCAGCGCCCGGGCGCGGCUGAGGAAGCUGCGCGCCGACAAGGGGCAGGGCGAGGUGUCCGGCACCGCAUACGAGGCUGCGCUGCGGCGCCAGCACGCGGCGCUGCACGGCGGCGCGGGCUGGGCGGCGCUGCCGUCAGAGCGGCGGCGGCGGCGGCAGCAGGAGCGCGAGCGCGGGCGGGGGCGCGGCGGCGGCGCAGGGGAGUCGGGCGCGUCGGACGAGGGGGAGGACGCGGAGGACGGCGCGGCGGAGCGGCUGCUGCGCGGCGCCGGCGGCCUGCUCGCCGGGCGCGCCGCCGCGGCCUGA